CACGUACACUACAUACUCCAGAUAGUACCUUUAUUACCACGUUUAUCUUUACUCUUCCCCUUAGUGUCGAAUAGUGCCAAACAGCAAUUCCACACAUACCAAACCACCACGCGACCACACCAUCCGAAAGAUGAUCAGGUCAACGCAGAUAGCCCGUUUGGGCGACGGCCUGAUGCUCUGCGCGUCCGUCGAUGACGAACAAUCAGGAUCCUCCCUCCCCGAAGUCAAGUCGCAAACAAAAAUCAUACUGCGACGACUAAACCGCAACGCCGAACCCCAAGCCAGCAUCGAAAGCGGCAACUACACAAUCCACUACCUCAUCGCCAACGACAUAGUCUACAUCUGCAUCAGCGAGCGGUCCUACCCGCGCAAGUUAGCAUUCACCUACCUCUCCGACCUCUCCACCGAAUUCGCCCAGUCCUACCCCGCGCCCCAACUGCACUCCCCGUCCCUGCGUCCCUACGCCUUCAUGGAAUUCGACACCUUCAUCACGCGCACCAAGGCCCUGUACGCCGACGCGCGCGCCGCGCAGGGCCUAGGCCGCUUAAACGACGAGCUGCGCGACGUGACCAAGGUCAUGACGAAGAAUAUCGAGGACUUGCUGUAUCGCGGCGAUAGUCUGGAGCGCAUGGGCGAGAUGAGCUCGAGGCUGAGGGAUGACAGUCGCAAGUAUAGGAAGGCGGCCGUGAAGAUUAAUUGGGAUUUGCUGAUUAAGCAGUAUGCGCCAAUUGGUGUGUUUGUGCUGAUUGUGCUGGUGUUUAUUUGGAUCCGGUUCUUUUGAGGUCGGUUACGGAGUGGGUGGUGGUGGUAAGGGGUGAGGUGGCAGGAAAAAG